AUGUUGGUAACCGGAACGGGGAUGAUGAUGAGUACCGGUGCUUUAAGGAGAUUCCAGAGGAACAAUCCUCCUGUCUUUAAGGGUAAACAUGAACCUGAUAAAGCUCAAGCUUGGCUGAAGGCGAUUGAGAAGAUCUUCAGAGUUAUGAACUGUACUGAUGCUCAGAAAGUGCAGUUUGGUACCCAUAUGCUAGGAAAGGAAGCUGAAGAUUGGUGGAACAACACUCUUCAGAGGUUUGAAGAAGAUGGCAUUGAGGAGCUUAUCAAGUAUUGUCCCCACUAUAAUACUGCUAAUGCUGAGAGGUCUAAAUGUUUGAAGUUUGGUCAUAAAGCUGCUGAGUGCAAGAAAGAGGUUACUACUUGUUUCAAGUGUGGCAAGUAUGGUCACAUAGCUACUAAUUAUAGAGGUGGUUCGAAUGUGACUUGUUUCAACUGUGGAGAUAAAGGCCACGUUAGUACAAAAUGUGACAAACCAAAGAAGGAGCAAGCAAAAGGAAAAGUGUUCGCAUUGUCUGGUGCAGAAGCCACUACUGAUGAGAGCCUAAUUCAAGCUUGA